AUGCAGAAACGCAGAAGACUAUCUGAUGAAGAUUUUGAUCAGACAGAGAAGGGUGUGAUGGAGUUUUCCCUCUGCUUGCUAUUUGCCAAGCUUGUCAGCUACACCUUCCUUUACUGGCUACCACUGUACAUUGCCAACGUAGCACAUUUUGAUUCCAAAGGUGCUGGAGAUAUGUCUACGCUCUUUGAUUUUGGAGGAAUUUUAGGUGGGAUCAUUGCAGGUAUAGUUUCUGACUACACGGGAGGGAGAGCAACAACCUGCUGUGUGAUGCUCAUUGUAGCAGCUCCCAUGGAGAAUAAGUAA